UUAAGUGGUGUUAAUUUCCUGGGAAAAAAAGAAAAAAGAAAAAAAGGCCUUGAAGUAGUGUUUCAGCGAGGACGAUUCUAAGUUGUAAGCUGUCGCAAACAUUUUGCACCUUUGAUUGGAUUUUAAUGGCAGCUUCCGGAAAAUGCUUCCUUGUCACUGGAUCUCCUGGUGUGGGCAAAACAACUCUGAUUAUUAGAGUAUUGGAGAGUCUUAGAAUUUCAAACCCUAACUUAAAGGUUCAGGGUUUUUAUACUCGUGAGAUUAGGGAAGAAAGUGAAAGGGUUGGAUUUGAAGUGGUUACAAUAGAUGGUCGUAGAGGGCCUCUUGCUUCUACAAAGAAUUCAAGCCCAGACUCUCUUAGAUGGCCCACUGUGGGAAGGUACAGAGUAGAUGUUGCAUCAUUUGAGUCAUUGGCUUUGUCUGAGAUGCAGGUCAAGGAAGAUACUGAGCUCUUCAUCAUUGAUGAAGUUGGUAAGAUGGAGCUUUUCAGUUCUUCAUUCUUCCCUGCAGUAUUAAAAAUCUUGGAAUCUAAUGUCCCAGUCUUGGCUUCCAUCCCAAUUCCGAGAUCUGGCCGAGAUAUACCUGGAGUUGCGAGGCUGAGGAAUCAUCCAGGGGCGACGAUUUUGACACUGAACACUAGUAAUCGGGAUUCUAUUAAAGAACACAUUUACUCCCAACUGCUGGAUUUACUGCACAAGAAUUAGAUGCUGCACAAGGUACUCAAAACUUUCACCUUGUGCUGGUGUUUCCUGCAAUCUUGGAGUGAAUUCCAUGAGGUGAUAAGAAGUUUAAUGACCUCCCUUUUCAACAUGUCAACUAUAAGUUUCUUGUAUGGUCAUAUGUUGGUUACAUAACCCACACUACUACCUUCCAAGCAACCAAAACCAUGUGUGGAGAAGUAGAAGCGGCUUGUAGUCUUGUUAGUGAUGGGACCCUGGUCCCUAUUUGGGGUUGUAUCUUCUAAUAUAACGCAUUUUGUGUUUGAAGAUGCACUACCUAAAAGUGCUUUUUUGUGUUGGAAUUGCUUUUUAACUUUUCUGAAAAUGAUGUGUUGAAUUUAAAGUAGUGCAUCUAUUCUGAAGUGUUUUUAAUGCAAUUAUGCAAGAAUAUAGUAGUAGCAAUUUUUUUGUUU